AUGUUCAAGAUGGAUUUUCCUGAACACGUUUACACCACCCCAGUCUUCUUUUCUUCUGACUGGCUCAAUGAGUAUUGGGAUACCUUGGAGGUGGACGACUACCGCUUCGUCUACAUGGGACCCAAAGACUCAUGGACGCCAUUCUACACUGAUGCGUUUUGCUCCUACAGCUGGUCAGUGAAUAUCUGUGGCAGGAAAAAAUGGCUUCUAUAUCCCCCGGGCCAAGAAGAGUUUCUACGAGACAGCCAUGGCAACCUUGCUUAUGACGUCACUGCCCCCGAGCUUCAAGACAAGGGUCAGUUCCCACACUCUGAUGAGGCCUGCCAACCACUAGAGAUCAUUCAGGAAGCCGGGGAGAUCAUUCUUGUGCUCAGUGGUUGGCACCAUCAGGUUUAUAAUUUGGAAGACACCAUCUCUAUCAACCAUAACUGGUUGAAUGGCUGCAAUGUGUACAUUAUGUGGCAGUUUCUUCAGAACGAGCUGUCUGCUGUCCAGAGGGAGAUAGUGGAGUAACACUUGGAGAUACUGUAUGUCAAAAGCAGACUUAUUUUUAAAAAGCUGUGUGGUCUGUAGUAACUGGUUUUGUUUUCCAGGUCAUCAUGAAGUCUUUCUCUGGGAUUGACUACAGGGAGUUUGCCUCUUUCCUAAAGAUCGUCGCUGACAACCGCAUGUCUUUCUUGAGCUCUUGCUCUGGAAACGCCUCCUCAAAUUACCCCCUGCAUCUUUCAGAUACCCUGACCGCGCUGCCUGUGACCUACAGAGGGUGGCUCAUAUUCUAGAAUGCAUGCUCUGCAAAGACUAAGAAACUGGACCAUUCAACUCUGAGCUCACACAGCACCCACCCGUAGCUCGCGCUCCAGCAGGUAUAUCUCACUGGUCACCCCCAAAGCCAAUUCUUCCUUUGGCCGCCUUUCCUUCCAGUUCUCUGCUGCCAAUGAUUGGAACGAACUGCAAAAAUCACUGAAGCUGGAGACCCAUAUCUCCCUCACUAGCUUUAAGCACCAGCUGUCAGAGCAGCUCACAGCUCCCCAUACUGUAUUUAUUUAUUUUGCUCCUUUGCACCCCAGUAUCUCUACUUGCACAUUCAUCUUCUGCACAUCUACCAUUCCAGUGUUUAAUUGCUAUAUUGUAAUUACUUCGCCACCAUGGCCUAUUUAUUGCCUUACCUCUCUUAUCCUACCUCAUUUGCACACACUGUAUAUAGACUUUUUCUACUGUAUUAUUGACUAUUUUUGUUUAUUCCAUGUGUAACUCUGUGUUGUUGUAUGUGUCAAACUGCUUUGCUUUAUCUUGGCCAGGUCGCAGUUGUAAAUGAGAACUUGUUCUCAACUAGCCUACCUGGUUAAAUAAAGGUGAAAUAAAAAUAAUAAAAAAAUAAAUGAAAUUUUACUGCAGCAGAUUAAAGAAACCAUACACUCCACUAGGGGGCAGCACUCCCUUUGCCGGGAGUUGGCCACUGUAUCCCUUUCUGAGCAUCUUUAUCAAUACAUUUGGUUGAUAAGGCUUUGGUUUCAGAGAUAGGUAGCCCAAAUAACUUGCCUGAUGUCUUGAAAUACAUAUGUUUAUGAAUGUUUUGUGUGAAUGAGAUGUUGAGAAAAUGAGAAACAUCCAUACUUUGUGUCCUUGUAUGUUUAUUACACCAGAGAUGCAUAGUAAUAUUUCUGACAAUAGCUAGUAAAUGGUGGUGCACAACUGGCAAACAGCAUAGUUUCAAGGAAGAUAGGAAAAUUAUAAUUUCAGAAAGUCUAUCUAAAGCAAUUUCAAUACUGCAAACAAAGUAAAACUAUUGUCAGAUAUGGCUGCUAGUGGUACCAGUUAAAUACUGUAUUAGAUUAAUUUGGAAUGAGAAGAUGUAACUAUGGACCCUAUCCAUGUAGAAAUUAUAUGGCUCUUUUGACUCUCUUUUGGCUCUUUUGUUUGUUUCAUAUUCAUAUUGUUUCAUAUUGUUGGGGUCAAUAAAUACCUCUAUCCUCA